CCACUCACUUCAACUCCCCCUUUCCCCUCCGUCGCCGCAUCGCCGCGCGCGUCCACGAGCCAGCGGCCGCGCUCCUUCACCCGCUUUUGCCGCAUCAGGUCCUCCCCUCUCCUCUCCACUCGCUCGCCAGUUGCCACAUCUAACCCGCUCACCUCCCCCCGCCGCAUCGUCGCGCACGUCGCCGUGCCCGCAACGACCACGACUCCGCCAGCCGACCAGCGCACCAGUCUGUGGCGACUCGUGUGCGACCGAUGGUGACGCACACAUCGAGUAACAUCAACCAGGCACAGGUGCUGGAUCUGGUCGCCGUUCGUAUUGGCGGCGGUGCUAAUCUCUGGCAAGUACCUUGCGCAGAUCCGAAGAGGGGUGCCUCGAUCUGCCACACCAGAAGAUCCGGUUUUGGCCGAAUCGGCAGGCUUGUGUCCAGGGUUGCGCUCUAGAGCCCCGAUGUCGAGCUCGUCGUCAUCAGUGACCCCUUCAUCACCACCGACUACAUGGUAUUGUUCUCGAUUCUCCUAGCUUAUGAGAUCUAUGGGCACGUACGGUAGGGUCAUUUUGGAUUCGUGCAUGGGACACCCGUUUAUAUUCAGUGGAUCCGUACCCUGAGUUGGAUUCGUUGACUGUUGGCUGCUUCCGUGGGUUCGUUUUCUGAUGGAUGCAUGCACUGGCGGAGCCUUGCGGAGGCCAAACGGGGUCGUGACCCCCCCCUCUUACAAACUGCAUUUGUUUUAGUAUACGUAUAUAUGAGGUAUAUAUAUUAAGUGUUUUAGCCCGGCCAUCGGUGGAUGACUCCCUUUCAAUCCGAUUAACUUGUGUAGUCCAUACUCCAUAAUUCCAUAUGUACAAAGCUAUAGCUAGCUAGCACAAGCAGCUUGAUUAAUUGUACGUACAAAGCUAGGUAGCUAGUACAAGCAGCUUGAUCGAUUGUUGUACGAGUAGCUUCCUGCUUGUUGCUGCAUCAGACUGCUUGCUUGCUAGUUGGAUUCACCCUCUACUUGUUGCAUCUUCUGGCAUCUCUAAGAUUUUCCGUCUACUUGCUACUUCAUAUGCAUGGAAUACGAUGAGUCGGCAACAAACAAUUGAUGAGCCUGACUGCCAGAGAAUGGAAGAAGCAAGAUGUGCUCGAUUACCAUGUUUCGACCGGAUCGGCAGGCUUGUGGCCAGGGUUGCGCUCCAGAGCCCCGAUGUCGAGCUCGUCGCCGUCAACGACCCCUUCAUCACCACCGACUACAUGACCUACAUGUUCAAGUAUGACACUGUCAACGGAUAGUGGAAGCACCAUGAAGUUAAGGUGAAGGACUCCAAGACCCUUCUCAUCGGUGAGAAGGAGGUUGCUAUGUUUGGCUGCAGGAACCCUGAGGAGAUCCCAUGGGCUGCUGCUGGUGCUGAGUACGUUGUUGAGUCCACCGGUGUUUUCACUGACAAGGACAAGGUUGCAGCUCACAUUAAGGGUGGUGCCAAGAAGGUCAUCAUUUUUGCUCCCAGCAAGGAUGCUCCCAUGUUUGUCUGUAGUGUCAAUGAGAAGGAAUACAAAUCUGACAUCGACAUUUUAUCCAACGCUAGCUGCACCACUAACUGCCUUGCUCCUCUUGCUAAGGUUAUCAAUGACAGGUUUGGCAUCGUUGAGGGUUUGAUGACCACAGUUCAUGCCAUGACUGCAACCCGGAAGACUAUUGAUGGUCCUUCCAGCAAGUACUGGAGAGGUGGAAGGGCUGCCAGCUUCAACAUCAUUCCGAGCAGCACUUGUGCUGCAAAGGCUAUUUUGUUUGAUUUGAUGGAGGGUUAUGAAGGGAGCCAGUUCAAGAGAUCAUGUGCAAGGGGCAUGGGUCAGAAGGGGGGCGUGGAACUGCUGCAGCCCAUCUGAGACAGAGCAGACUCCAGCGAAUUUGGCCAGCCAGGAUCACAAAAAAUAUAAGCAGUGUUUAUUAGCUAGCUGGAAUUAAAGGCAACGGCGAGAGAGGAAGAUCAAGGACAACUUCAAAAAUAAAGAAUAUAUGCAAGGUGGCAGCCCCGGUGGUACUUCCUUUGGGAAAACAUCAUGAUACUCCUGCAAAAGGUUAGCGACAACAGGAGGCAAAGAAGAAGGCAUAUCCUUAAAUGAAAUCAAAACUUCUUUGCAAAUAAGAGCAUAACAUUCAUCAGUAUGAGCAUCUAACUCAAAAAUUCCAGCACGUGUAGCUAAGAAAGAAGCACCUUUCAAUUUAAUUUCUUUAGAUGUGCUAGGAUCAGAUUUGUGCAUCUUAUUAAAUUGUUCUAACUCAUCAACAACUUUCUGAUUUUUCAGAUUUAGUGCGCUCAAUAUUUGUGUUUCUACUAGCCCGAGCAAGAUGAUCUUUUAAAAUUUGCUCAGGAGACAUAGGGUGUAGAAUGAUUUUCUUUCCUUUAUGUAUGAGAGUGUACUGAUUAGUUCUACCAUCAUGUAAACAUUGUAAUCAUAUUGCAUGGCCUUCCUAGUAACAUAGAACAAGCUUGCAUAUGCACAAUAUCGCAAUCAAUAGUGUCAUGGUAUGAACCUAAAGAAAAAGGAACUCUCACCAUGCGUGUUACCUUUACCUUUUCA